GCCAGAGAGGGAUGGGUUGCAGCAGGAGUGCGGUGAGCUGCGCCGGGAUCUGCGGGAGGCAAACGAGUUCCGGGAGUUCAUCGAUCAGGAGAACCGUAUGUUCCGCACCCAGCUGCUGGAGGAGGAGGCCAGGCUGAAGUCCACACUGGCCACCCUGCAGGAGCGCAACCUGCAGUGUGAGGAGCUGAUGGAAUCCCAGAAGCACCUGUGGGAAGAGCAGGCCGCCCUCAGCAAGGAGCUGGAAAGUACCAAGGCUGAGCUCCUUGACUUGCAGCUGAAGAGGAAUAAAGUCUCCUGGGGCACUACAGACAUCAGCAAGAGCAAGCUGAGGCUGCAGGAACUUGCUGACAGCCUUAGGGCCUCUCUGCAAGAGGAGGAUGACAAUGCUCCAUCAAGCAGCAGAGCCUGGACCCCAGCUCCACGGACACCAGGCUGGCAGACGCCACACCGUCCUGUGACUCCUGCCUGCCGCACCCCAGCAUACCGUACCCCAUACCACCCUAGGAGCUCCUUUGUGGGCACCAUCCUGAAAGCAAUGUCAGGGAGAGAUGAUGAUGAAGAUACUGGAGAUGGGAGUGUGUUUGCCAAGGACAAACCUGUUUCUGCAUUAAGGCAAAUAGAGCCUGAGGAAGGUCUGCUGGAGAGUGUGGAUGCACUGAAAGCUGUGGUCUCUGACCUCACCAUGCUGAGCUACCGCAUCCAGGAGCAAGAGCAGAACAAAUUCAUCGAACUGCGGAAGGAGAUUUCUGACCUGCAGCACCAGCUGGAGAAGGUGACAGAUGAGAGUGAGGAGAAGAUAGAGACCUACGAGGCCACCAUCACCAAGCUGAACAAGAAGCUGAGGGACAAGAUGGAGUCUGAGAAGCAGCUGAAGGACCUGGUGAAACAGCAGGACAAUAAGAUCACACAACUCAUCGACCACAGUGCUGAAGUCAAGAGGCUGGAGGCAGAUGUCUCCCAGCUGAAGCGCUUGCUCCAGCAUGCUGAGACAGAGGCCAAGACACUGUGGCAGGAGUUGCGGUUGCAGGAGCCCAAGGUGGACACUACCCAUGUGCAAGAGCGGAUUCUGCUGCGGCAGCAGGUGGACAAACUGCGGCAGCUGAUGCUGGACAAAGAUGAUGAGAAGUGGCGAAUCUCCAAAAAGUACAUGGAGCAGAUCAAAGGAUUGGAGCUGAAGCUCCAUCAGGUCCAGAAAAUGCUGCGAACCCAUGAGAAAUUGCAGGAGAAGAUAAAAGAGGUGAGGUUUGUGGUCCUGUUGACUGCUCCUGACAUUGCAGAUGGCUGCCCCGAGUUGCAAAGCCUGCUGCAGCAGUGCUUGAACAUGGAGCCAGGCAGUGGCAGUGGGGAAGCUGCGGAGCUGUAG